AUGGUGCUCUCUCGUGUGGCUAGUUUGUUGGUAUUUGCCUGGUUGUGCUCGGCAGGCCCGAUUGCACGCUCUCUUGCACUCGGUCACGAAGUGACAUCGUCGAGCGUGGCCCCAGCGAUUGAUCACGGCUCGUCAACCAGAACUUCAACUAUCAGCGAACCGACAGUAGUGCGAAAGGACAGCACUGGCAAGGAUGAUGAUAAUGAAGGGUUGACCGUCAUUCCUGUCACUCGGACAUGGCUGUUAACAUCUUCUACGACUGCGCCGGCUGCUUCGGCCCACCCAGAAUCCUCAUCGUCCCCUCUACCACUAGCACAGACUAGCUCCAUGGUAUCGACAAUCAGCGAGCAGCCAAGCUUUACCUCCGCUGCACCUGCACAGGUGUCGCAGAUUUCUGACUCGACCUCAACGACUAGUUCAGCGCUAUUCUCGACGUCUCCGACAACUUCAGAGGCGUUGCACGUCUCUUCGCCGAGCCUGACUUCCUCCACUGUAUCAAUCUCAAGUGCUGCAUUAUCAUCCACAAAUGGCGUCCUUGUAACCAGCACUUCUUCGUCAUCACUGCAGCCACCACUCGCCAAUUCCAUCUCGUCAUCAAGCAGUGAGCUGCCAAGCUCUGGUACUGCUCUCACGCCAAGUCCUCAACCCCCUGUCUCUUCCACAAUAUCAAGCGUAUCUGCCCCGCUAUCUUCGUCACCAUCGUCAUCAGUGGCCUCUAGCUUGACUUUUGCGAUUGUGCCUACGAGCAUAUCAUCGUCAACUCCGUUGCUGUCUUCUUCGGUGAGCUCGUCAACUGCUCCUGUUCCUUCUACGCCGACCUCAACCUCGCCCACCGUUUCGAUCGGGCCAUCCAGCGCGCCUGCUUUAGAAACCCCUACUUCAGUUUUGUACACAACUCAAUCUCUUAAUGCCCAAUCGUUUUCAGUCUCAUCUUCUGGGAUUGAUACGUCUUCACCAAAAACUGCAACAGCGAGCUCAUCCAGUGCAACCCUAUCCUCCUCGGCCCUCAAUGGACCAGGUUCGACGGCCUCCGUUUUUGUUUCGGCGAGCUCAUCCAUGAAAUCUUCAGUUCCCACCCAGUCCACAAACAUGCAGUCUAUCACCCCAACGGCAUUCUCUGUCACAAUGGUCACCGACUCGCGUUUGCAUAUUCCAAUGUACUCGCAUACUGAACCUCCUCGUUCCAAUCUUGGCGGACUUGUGGCUACACUUGGAUCACAGGUGACGAGCUCACACUUUGUCGGCGCGGCGCCGUCGUCCGAGGCGAGCUCGUUACUCCCUAUAGCUGAGACGACUCUCGGGUCAUCGAUGCCUUCUGCAACAUCAACCUCGUUUCAAAUGACCGACACACUGCCCAUCAGCUCAGCAUCUUCCAGUGUUCCAGCCAUUUCCCCGGCUAGUUCAAGCGAAACCAUUGUGCAGUCGACCGAAUCAUUGCCUCUUACUACAAGUGCCGCGAGCGCCGCGCCUAUUGUAUUUGGUGCGAGUGGAAUAUCGACCACUGCCUCAAUAUCGAUGACAUCGCCCAGUCCAUCUAGCUCGACACCUGCUACUCUGGGGGUGGAGUCAACUUCGUCGUCCAGCGGGCCACUUGCAACAACGCCCUUUCCAGGGCCUGUGGUCACAAAACCGGUCAUCGUCUAUGUCUCCGAGAGUGCAACAGCUCCAUUCUCCACGUCCACCAUCGAGCCUACCAGGGUAGUCGCACCGCCUCCCGAGACCAGUGUGGUUGUACAACCUCUUGAGACGACAUCUUCGCAGGUCCCAAUCGCUCAGACCACGUCAGUUAAGCCAAGCACGACAGCGCCUGAGAUCAUUCGUACCCAUACAGUUCACGCGACCGAUACAAAGAGCGUCACCGUAACUCAACCUGCCCAGACUGUGACCGUCACAUCGUCUGCACCUAUUCCCACGGUUGACACCAGCUCGAAAACCACAUCUGACCUCGUAAUCAACCCGGUCUCCACGAUCGCCGAGCCUAAUGUCGCUCACGCUGCACCUACUAAUACACAGCCCUUGAGUGUCGCGACCACGACUGCUCCGCACUCCAGCGAGGAUUCGGGUCUGUUGACCGUCAUUCCGAUCACACCUUCUUCGGGCAUUUUCGUCAUCACCAAGAUGGACACUGUAACGUCGUGGAGGGAGACAAAGACCGAGACGGUGACCUCGUGGAAAGCGACCACUACCGAGACUGUGACGGCGACGACGACGGCUAUCCGCGUUCAAGUUAUCUCGUAG